UACUUCCUUGUCUGCUUCAUAUCCCAGAAUUGUAGACUCAGUAAUCCGUCUCAAAAGACUCCAAAACCCCCGCCGGACACAUCACAUAACCUUUUCAGGACCAGGCUGUUUUGCGUGUGAGAAACGAUGAAUACAAUUCAGCAGUUGAAAGAAGAACUGGAAAAAUGGAAGGAACAAUGUGAGGAGGCGGAAAAGCGCAAAUCAAAUACACUUUUAGAUAAACUGGAAGCAGACGACCAACAAAAAGACAAACAACAAAUACUGAAUCAGCUGCUGCAAAAGUCAACUGAAAUUGAGGAUGCUCUGUCCGAAAAGCAGAGUCUUUACCAAAGCGAGAUUCAAGAUCUAAAAAAUAAAAAUGAGGAAUUAAGGAGAAAUGUUGAGAAACUUGACUAUAAGAUGACGGAGUGCAGGAAAACAUUUGAUAAGGCAAGAAAUGAUUUACAGGUUGACAACAAAUUGCCACAAAAGAAUAUAAACUUUACAGAGAAAGCGUCCGGUCCGGGAAACCUUUCCAGUAUUUCUUACACCUGUCAGAUCUUGAUACAUCACCCAUACAUCUUACAGGAACGACAAGCUCUUCUAACCUUUGAAAAAGAAGAAGUGGCCCAAGGUAUUAUCAGGAAUGGAAGACAUAAUGUUGACUUCAACAAUGUAUAUGAAGAAGUCAGAGCAUGUAAAGUGCAGCUUGGAAGAACCAUGACAUUUGAGGUCAACAUGACCAUCUCUAACACAAAAGUGAAUGUUGGUAAUCUCCCUAUGAACCUCCCUGAGGAGACCCUGAAGGAUAAACUGGAGCUCACCUUCUACAAAUCUAACAUAGGAGGUAGCGAAAUAAUGGCGGUGGACUCCGACAGGAGCAAGAAUACUGCCUGCAUUACUUACAAGGAGAACGGAGUGGCUCAGCGUGUCUUGAAGACCCCUCAGCAUCUGGUAAAAGUCCAUGGGUCCAUGUAUGAAAUUAUGAUAUCACCAUUAAUAGAAAUACAGCUGAAAAAACUACAGAUAUUUUCUGGUAUUUGCCAAAGAACAGUGCUGCUGGAGGAGAUUAGGAAUCGGGCCGAGACUGAAGAGGACAUUAAGGAUCUGGUAGAGAUCCAUUUUCAGAAACCAAGUAAUGGCGGCGGCGAAGUGGAAAACAUAGCAUUUUCCCCGAAGAAGCAAUUCGUAUACUUUGAGGAAGAUAAGGCUUAAAAUCUUAAGCAGCAAGACAAGAGUUAAGGGUUAAAGGAAAACGCUACGGAAAAACGGAGGCAGCGUGUUAUACUUAGUGCUGGGCCUGAGCAUGACUGGUAUUCAAGAACACUUGAGGUCCAUUCACACGUCCACAACUGUUUUGCGGUCCGCAAAUUGUGUAUCCGCAAAACACGGACAUUGGCCAUGUGCGUUCUGCAUUUUGCGGACCGCACAUGGCCGCCACUAUGAUAGAAAUGUCUAUUCUUGUCCGUGGCUGCGGACAAGAAUAGGACAUGCUCUAUUUUUUUGUGGGGCCCGCGGAACCGAAGUGAGAAUGCGGAUUAAAAAUGAAUGGGUCCACACCCAUUCCGCAAAAUUGCCGAACGGAUGCGGACCCAGUAUGCGGACGUGUGAAUGCUGCAUGAUAAACUGUCCAUUUUUAACGGACAUUUUUUUCACUGAUG